CGCUUGCUGGCCCGUCUCCAGGGUCAGCGCGGGGCCACCAUCCAGCCGCUCGGGGCCCUCCCCAAGCAGCUGUGGAGGAUGCACUGAGCCUGCGCAGCCAUGGCCUCGGCAGGGGCGGAGAGGCGGCCGGGGGUCCAGGAGGCUACGGUCGUGGGGCAGGGACAGCUCGCGGAGUUUUUUUUUAGCGCUCAGACCUCUGAGUGUCCAGUGGCGGAAGAACAUUUCCUGGUGUUUUUUUUUGAGGCCCGCGGAACCCAGGGUGAAGACCAGCGUCCAGCUUUUUUUUUUUCGGAGCUGGAGCUCCAGGAGGAAGGACCCAAGCUGGUUUUUUUUUGGCCCAAGCCGGAAGCCGGGGCGCUAGAGGAGAGAGGCUUUUUUUUUGUGGUCUCCAUUGUGAGGCCCCGUCAUGGUCCAAAGAGUUUUUUUUUCAAGUCCCUCAGCCUCCCGGGCCUUCGUGCCCAUCCCAAGGCUGAAGCUGAGCUGCCACCCAGGCUGCCGCUGCAGGAGGAGGUUUUUUUUUGCAGCCAGAGUGAGCCCUCACCAUCUGCCAAACAGCACUUUUUUUUUAAGAAGCGCAAGAGCCUGGGGGCUCCCGUGCUCCACGCUUUUUUUUUCACGGUGUCUGCACCCUUAGAGACAUUGGGGCUGGAGCGAAAGGCCCAGCGCCUGCGACCCCUGUACCAGUACAUCAACUAUUGUUUUUUUUUGCUGAACCAGGCAGGGGAGGGGGACGGGGAGGCCGAGGUUUUUUUUUAGGCAGAGCUGGCCCUGGUUCCCGAGGAGGCAGGUGUGUUUUUUUUUCAGGCCUUGCUGCCCUUGGCAGGUGAGCUGGGCCCAGGCCUCGCUUUGCCCUGUCCCCGUCCAUUAGUGACCCCCAUCCAUGCUCUUUUUUUUUUCGGAGAGGAGGCUGGAGAGGAGGCUGGGGGCUUGCCCUUUUUUUUUGUGAGUGACCACCACAAGGCUGAGGUGGAUAAGUCAACUUUUUUUUUCAUCGACAAGAUGCUGAGUGUCUGCACUGCUCCGCUUGUUUUUUUUUUCUCUCCUCAGUACAAGUGA